CCGCGGGCGAAAAUCUUGGAAAAUGUAUACAAGUCAUGAAGAUAUCGGGUAUGAUUUUGAAGAUGACCCCAAAGAUAAGAAGACACUUAAGCCCCACCCAAACAUUGACAGUGGAUGGGCUUGGAUGGUGGUUCUUUCCUCCUUCUUUGUGCACAUCCUCAUCAUGGGCUCCCAGAUGGCCCUGGGAGUCCUCAACGUGGAAUGGCUUGAGGAAUUCCAUCAGAGCCGCGGCCUGACUGCAUGGGUUAGCUCCCUCAGCAUGGGCAUCACCUUGAUUGUGGGACCUUUCAUCGGCUUGUUUAUUAACACCUGUGGGUGUCGCCGGACCGCAAUAAUCGGAGGGCUGGUGAACUCGCUCGGCUGGGUACUGAGCGCCUACGCCGCAAAUGUGCAUUAUCUCUUUAUUACCUUUGGAGUGACAGCUGGCUUUGGAAGCGGCAUGGCCUACCUGCCGGCCGUGGUCAUGGUGGGGAGGUACUUCCAGAAGAGACGCGCCCUUGCCCAGGGCCUCAGCACCACCGGGACGGGGUUCGGCACCUUCCUCAUGACGGUGUUGCUCAAGUACCUGUGCGCGGAGUACGGGUGGCGGAAUGCAAUGUUCAUCCAAGGCGCCGUGUCCUUAAACCUGUGUGUCUGCGGGGCGCUCAUGAGGCCCCUCUCUCCCGGGAAGGACCGGAACGACGCGGGAGGGAAAGAUCCGCAGGUCGUGCUGGCUCCCUCCCCUGGGUCUAAGUCAAGUGGGCCGCCAGGUGGAGCGGAAGAGAAGGGUGCGGGGCCCGGGAACGAGGAGCAGCCGGGGGGUGACCUCCCCGCCCAGGCGGGCCCGGAGAAGGCCGAGGGCACACAGAACCUGUGCGCCCUCCGGGUUCUGAAGACCGCCAGCCAGCUGACCGUGAGAGUCAGGAGGGGCUUCCGGGACUGGUACUCGGGCUACUUUGGCACAGCCUCGCUCUUUACCAAUCGAAUGUUUGUCGCCUUUAUUUUCUGGGCUCUGUUUGCAUACAGCAGCUUUGUCAUCCCUUUCAUCCACCUCCCGGAAAUCGUCAAUUUGUAUCAUUUAUCGGAGCAAAACGAUGUCUUCCCUCUGACUUCAAUUAUAGCAAUAGUGCAUAUCUUUGCAAAAGUGAUCCUGGGCAUUGUGGCCGACUUACCUUGCAUCAGCGUUUGGAAUGUCUUCCUGAUGGCCAACUUCACCCUUGUCCUCAGUAUUUUUAUUCUCCCACUGAUGCACACCUACGCUGGCCUGGCCGUCAUCUGCGCACUGAUAGGCUUUUCCAGCGGUUAUUUCUCUCUCAUGCCCGUAGUGACUGAAGACUUGGUGGGGAUUGAGCACCUGGCCAACGCCUACGGGAUCAUCAUCUGUGCCAAUGGCAUCUCUGCGCUGCUGGGACCACCCUUCGCAGGCUGGAUCUAUGACAUCACAGAAAAAUAUGAUUUUUCCUUCUAUAUAUGUGGCUUACUUUACAUGGUAGGGAUACUCUUUUUACUCAUUCAGCCGUGUAUUCAAAUGAUAGAACAAUCCAGAAAAAAAUACAUGGAUGGUGCACACGUUUAG